CGAUACACAGCUGUGUGCGUGCGUGUCCGGGAAUGGGCCAUCGAAAAAGUGACAUUUGGGAAGAAGACGACGAGUAAAAAAACACAUCACUUCUGUCAAACAGUUGCUCAGCGUAUCGAUAGGAGGAAAACAAUAUUUCUCCGCUACGGGGAAAGGGAAAAAGUUAAUUAAUCCAUUCACUAUUUAGUGCUUGUGUGUCUCGCCCCGGGGGGUGAGGGCAAUGGUGCAGCACCAUGAUCAACUUUGUUUAUACGAUAAUCUUCACUUUGGUCAUAUAUCUAGUGUUAACAUGGCUGAUACCAAAGCUGAUUGGCUUCGUGAUGAAAAAGGUGUACAACGCCGAGAUCAACAUCGGUCGGUUCAGCCUACCCUUCUCGGUGCGCGACAUCACCGUGUCCAAGAACGGCUUCUCGGUGCAGAUCGUUGAGCUGAGCGUGCAGAGCAGCUUCGUCAAUUCCGACGUGUCGAAGCUGCUCUCCAUCAAUGUGCGCGACGUGCGCAUCAACAAGGACGUCAACAAGGGGCCGGCGGGUGGCAGCGGCAGCCCUACACCCUCCGGCAGCCCCACCGGACCCGGGGCUGGGAGUGAGUGGGGCGGCUUCGGUCAGCCGAAAGCGGCAGCGGACCCCCAGCGCAAACCGCUCGACUUUCGGGAGAAGAAAGUGCCGCCCAAUCUGCUCAUCUUUGCCCAGUUCAUGGCGGUGCACAUACACAACGUGUCGGUGGCCCUGCUAAACAGUGCCCAGGAGCCGGGCUGGCUGCUGCACGCCACGGCCAAGGAGCUGCAUCUGGACGGCAGCUUGGUGCACAGCACCAAGUCGCUGCUCGUGUCCGCCUCGCUCAGCGACGCGCAGGCGAAGGUGCUGCGGCACUGCAUUUCCACCCCAAAGCGGCUGGAGCGGUCGCGCAAAAUAUCCGACCUGCCGCAGCCCUGCCUGGCCGAGCUGUGCUUCGGCAUUGCGCUGGACGGGGUGCUGGUGGUCGAUACGCCAAUGUCGCUCGAGAAGCUUAGCCUCGCGAUGACCACGACGAAGGUGAUCCUGCACGGUGGGCUGUACGAGUUCAUCAAGGACGCUCAGGCGCAGAAGCGCCGGCAGCAGCUGUACCACCGCCAGCACGGCACCGCCGACCCGGACCGCGAACCGGCAGAUCAUCCGUUCGAAGCCGGGCAGGGGGAAGAGUUCUCCCUGCACGAGUGGUACCAGCGGUUUGCGCCGAUCGUGCCGAAAAACUUUUUCGUCAAGAUCGAAAACACCACCAUCAGUGCGGUGCGCGAAAACUCGUCGAACGAUUUCUCCGCCACGCUGCAAAAGUUUGCGGUGUCGAGCAAGUUUAGCACCCCGCCGAGCGGCCCCCUCCCCGGCGAGCAUCAGCUGCCGCUGGUGUACGUGGGGAUGCAGCUGCAGCAGCUCGAGAUCGACACGCUGCACGAGAAGCUGCUGUUUCUGCAGCAGUUCAGCGUGGACGCGAAGCUGGAGGGCAGCCUGGUGAACAUCUACUCGAAGCUGUCCUCGUUCGUGCUGAUCUACAACCAUCGCGAGAUUUACGGGUGGAUCAGCAAAAAUUUCUUCACGGGCGAACGGGCCGGCAGCCGGAAGCAGCUGAACCCGGCCACCCUGAAGCUGCCCGGGCUGGUGGCUGCCCAGUGUCGCACGCGCCGCACACGCAACGCGGCCGGUGGUUCGAAGCUGCUGGAGGACUUUUUGAGGCGCAUUGUCGUGAAGGGUUGUGCCGAGCUGUGGGACGUAACGACCGUGUUUCGGUUCGGGCCGGCGCAGGUAUCGUCGAUGUGUUGCAACCACGCGAAGCUGCUGCUGGAGCAGUUUGCGGAAAAGCGCAGCAAGCCGUACGGGAAUCGCCUGCUGCACUUGCUGCUCGACCGGCGGCACUGGAGCGCCGAGCUGCUGAUCGAAUCGGUCUGGUGGUCGCUCAGCUCGAAUGUAUCGCACCGGGAGAAUGCGCAAAGCCUCAAGAAGGGCCACAUACGGGGCAGCCCGUUCUACGUGGCGAUGAGCCUGAUCAAGCUGAGCAGCUACGGCGACACGACCAAGCUGGACUUUUCCAUCCACACGUUCCGGGUGGAGUACAGCCCAACGCUGGCCGACUAUCUGGUGAACGCCAAGCGCUGCCUGGAGCAGUACCGCUCGUCGAGCGCGGGUACCAAGCAGCCGGCAGCCGCCCGGGACCAUCACCACACGCCACUGGCGGCGGCGGGCAGGGAGCGGCGCGGAUCGUUCGCCACGCUCGAUCUGCUGAUCAAUGCGCGCGUGACGGACAUAUCGGGCUUCUUCUUCAACCAGCACGACACCUGCAUGCUGGCCAACCUGAACGAGCUGACGGUGGGCAAAUCGGCCCAGAAACACUUCAUACGCUUCGACCGGUUCCAGAUGGAGAUUCUUGACUUCCGGCACAUCACGGGGUGCGAGUACGGGUCGGCCGAGCUGCAGAAUGUGUUCGCGAACGUGAAGGGUGUGCGGGUGGAGUACGUGGACGUGGAGGGUGCGCCGAAGGUGGACGUUUGGCUGCUGGAAGAUGCGAUCGUGAUGUGGAACACGAAUCUGCACAUGCACAUCGUGACGCUGCUGCAGGAGAUGCGACAGCUGAGGGAGCUGCUGAAAACGGACCCGACACAUUGCGAUCCAUCGCAGGAGCUGCCGGCCGGUGGUGGUGGGUCGAUGGAAGCGAAUGAACCGGAGCAGGCAGGCGGCGGGCGUAAGUCGUACCUGCGCAAAAUGAUCCUGGAGGUGUACGCGGAGGGCAGCGUGGAGGUGGGCAUCAAGAUUAGCGAGCGACACUCGAUGCAGGUGUUCGGGGAGAAUGCGCUCAUCCACCGGAGAGGCCAGUGGAUGCUGUCGAUCGAGAACAUUGUGAUCAAGAUCGACGAUCAGCACAUAUUCACGUUCAAGGACAUGGUGCUGGAAUCGCUCGAGCGGGUUGAGCUGCUCUGCCAGGAGCGGCAGAACUAUGACCACUUCCAGCUGGACUCGAACCGCGUCUGGGCGACCACGAUCGGCGGUGUUAAGGUCAUCUUCCCGUACGAGCACGAUUUCUAUGGAGCAAUAGUGAACGAGUUCGUUUCGAUUUACAAGUGGCUAAAGGUGGUGCACAACUACAAGAAAAAACCAUUUACUAUCAACAGCCCUUUGCCGAGCGAUAUGAUAAUACAGAUCAAAGAAUUUUUGCUGGAGAUGAGUGACGAUCCGUUCGAGGUGAAGCUGCGCGACAAUUAUGUCCUCCUCCUGGACGAGUACCACGAGAGCGUCAAGCGGAAGGAGCUGUUCGAUCAAAAGAUCGCCCAACUCUGCUCGGAACGACUAAUGCUCCCUCCCGGCACGCUCGAGGAGCUGAACGCGAACCUGAUCAAGAAAAACUCGGAAAUCUACAUCCAGCGGUCGAAAAAGAUCUCCGAAUCGGGCCCGCCCCGCACCCGGCUCAUUGCCUGGAUCAUGACCGAUCUGGAAAUAAUGGCCAUGGCCGAUCCCUCGCUGCACGGGGGCGAAAAUGCGGUCCGAUGGUUGCGCAUGCUCGACCCGGAAAGUCCCUGGCCGGACGAGGGCAUCGAGUUCGUGACGCUGUGGGUGCGCGCCGUCAACAUCGGGUGCAGCGAGUGGAAGUUUAUGCUGCGCGACUACCCGCAGCCAAUGUUUCACGUGAAAGCGAUGCACCUGUUCGGGACGCUGGCCGGGGCAGAGAUGGCACCGCCGCGCCGUGCCAAGCGGGACGUGGAGAUCGAGCUGGGCGAACCGUUCGGCACGCACACUGUGCAGCGCAGCAUGACGUCGAUCAAGUUCUAUCACGAUUUCAACUGGGAGCUGGACUAUCUGGCGUACGCGUUCGGCCCGUGCUGGGAGCCGGUGAUGGCGCAGUGCAACUUGAUGAUGGAGAAAAUUUCGGCCCCCUCACGGGACCCGAGUCCGCCGCUGCCGUUCUGGGACAAGAUGCGGUUGCUGAUGCACGGGCAGCUGUCGAUCAUAGCGAAGCAGUUUACGAUACUGCUGCACGCGUCGCUCGACCCGUACAACACGACGGAGGAGAUGGAGCUGACGUGGAACAACUGCGGCAUCAUGUACUCGAACGCACGGCUCAUGUUCAAGGGCGAUCUGAAUAUCUACGUACGAACGGCGUCGCGGUACGACGAUUGCCGGUUGCUGCAUCUGCCCAACCUGAAGCUCACGUUCAAGCUGAACUGGGUGUGUCUGGCGAACCCGAACGACCACCAUGCGGUCGUGCCGUGCGCCCCGGACAAGCUGCCCGAGUACAGCAGCAACCAGGUGCACGAUUCGUUCCGUGCGUUCCGCUCGCAGCAUCUCAACAUAUGGGUGUCGUUCGAGAUCAAGCAGAACGCCAUGUCGGACUACGACAUCCCGAACCUGGUGCUGUACGGCAGCACGCUGCGGUGGUUCGAGAGCUUGAAGCUGAUCCUGUCCGGCGUGACGCGCCCGACACGCCGCGGACCGGUGUUUAACAAUGUGCGCCCGAGAAAGAAGCAGCUCAGCCGGCACUAUCGCAAAGCGAACCUGCAGAUGAGCCUGCACCGGUUUCAGAUCUUCUACUGGAUGUCGCACGCACUGAACCGGGGCUUCCAGCUGAGCGGGGGCCGCAUCACGUUCAGCUCGGAGCACACGCUCACGCUGCUACCGAUCGACGACGGGUUGAUCCAUCGGCCGCGUGCCGACUGGUCGGUGAUGUACAUGAACUGCGAGCUGAACGAUGCGGAGAUUUGGUUGCGCACCACGCAAAUCAGCAACGAGCAGCAGCAGCAGCAGCGCACCGACACGAGCUCGGAAAGUCUCUCGAACGCGAGUGGCGACAUCUACCGGUAUUAUUUCCUGAGUGUGGCGCGAGUGUCGUACGGGCGGGAGGCGCUACUCUCCACCAAUGGCAACGAGCGGGAAAAGGACACGCCGACGCACAAGCUGGUCGUGUACGAUCUGAAGGGUGCCUGGACGAAGGAUAACCGUGACGUGGCGUUUGCGCUGUUCGAUUCGUUGGUGAAAAGCCAGAAGCUCAAGAAUAACCUCGCCACCGAAGCGCUCAAGUGCUUCCGCAAGGAGGGCGGAACGGCCGGGGGAGGUGGCGGCGCCGGCGGUUCGGCAGGAUCGUCCGGGGCGGGCGGUAGCGAUCUCGGGACGCCGUUUAAAUCGAGAAGCACCGGGCAGGAUCUGCACCAGGGCGGUGGCGGUGUGGCAGGGACGACGAGCGGCCAUCUUAGCGCGAAGGGAAAGGCGCAGCAGUCGAGCGAUAGUAUGGCGAUGCUGCAGCAGCUGAUACAGGAGGCGGACCACAAGCCGCUGGUGUACAGCGAUGACCAGUCGGCCCAGACGCGCCAGCAGCAGCUGAAGGGCCUGCAGGCGUACCAGGAGGGCGACGUGCUGCACUACAACUGGGCCAUCUCGCUCGUCAACUCGCAGGUGCUGCUGAAGGGCUGCGAAACGUCCGGGUACGUGAUACUGAGCGCGGCCAAGGCAGAGAUCCUGCAGCGCGUCCAUCGGCCGGUGUGGCGCGACCAUACGAUCGUGUCGAAAACGACCUGGGUCGGGUCGCUCGAGUGCAUGCAGUACUACGCGACGGUCAGCGCGAACGAGGGCGACUCGCACGAGAUGGCGGAAAUCAUGUGGCUGACGGUGGACAACAUCCAGGAGAAGGAUCGGGACGCACCGGUCAUCAUUAGCGAGCUGCCGGAUCUGCCGCAUCUGGUCGGCAGCGGGCAGAGCGUCGGCGGGGUCGUGUCAGAAACGGUCGGUGUGCUGGGCGAGAGCAGCUACACCAGCGGGCAGAAGCCGCCGAUCCAGCUGCAGCGAAUCGUGUCCCGGUGCAAGUGCGAGUUCUUCUACGUUAGCUACGGCGAUACGAGCAUCGAUCCGGGCACGAUCAGCGAGGUGCCGCCACCGCCGGUCGAGGAGUCGAUGAGCCCGUGGGAGAACCAGGACGAGCCGGUCGACGCGUUCACGCUGAUGCACCACGACCUGGACGUGUGCACCAACUCGCUGCAGUACGCGAUGAUUCUGGACAUUGUGAAUAAUCUGCUGCUGUACGUGGAGCCGCAGCGCAAGGAGGCGCUGGAGCAGCUGGCGCGGAUGCGCUUCCAGCUGCAGCUGUACAGCAGCGAGGACCAGAAGCGCCCGAUCCAGCACCUGCAGACGGAGAUCCGCAGCUUGAUGUCGCGCAUCCGGCUGCUCGAGAAGGACAUCCACUUCAUCACGAAGGCGCGGCUCGAGGAGGGCGACUCGGAGGAGCUGCGGGCGGAGUAUGCCGAGGUGCACCACGAAAUCCUGAUGUGCAAGGAGUCGCUGAUGACAAAGAGCGACGAGCUGGACAUGAUGCUGUCGUGCUACAAUGAGGCGCAACUGUCCGCCUCGACCCGGUUGGCCACCUUCCGGAAGGACAAACCGGUCACGAUCGUGCGGGCGAACGAGAUCUGCUUCAAGCACGCGCAGUGGCGCCUGACCGAGGCGGACGGACAGAUCGGUAUCGCCGAUCUGAUACUGAGCAACUUUCUCUACACGAAAAACUCCAAAAGCGACGACUCGGUCGACCAUCUGCUCGAGCUGGGGUACAUCCGGAUCAGCAACUUGAUACCGCGCGACAGCUACACCGAGGUGCUGUGCCCGACCGAGAUCCAGCGCGACAUGCCGGUCGAGCACAAGCGCGUGCUGCGCGUGUUUUGCCGCGAGAAGCCCCCGGUCGGGGGCAUCUCGGUGAAGGAACACUUUGAGAUCAACGUCGUGCCGAUAACGAUACAGAUUUCGAAGAAGUUUUACAACACGAUGCUCAAGUUCUGCUUCCCCGACCGGGACGAGGCGGAUGCGGCCGACGAGCUGGACGGCGAUGGGAGCGGAUCAGUCGCCAGUACGAGCACGGUCGGUGCGAGGGGCGGUGUGCGCAAGACGAACUCGGCCUCGCUCGCUAGUGGAGGGGAUGGUGGCGUUGCUAGCGCUGCUGCUGGCGGCACUGGGUCGGCUUCCUCGAGCAGCUCCGUUUCGACGGCCGGCGGGUCGAAGGGUUCGUCCGGUGGUGGUAAGAAAGCGUCCAAGGAUAGCAACUUCUACGUGCGCAUUCAGGACGAUGUGGAGAAGAUGAAGGAGCGGGCCGAGAAGAACAAGCUGUUCAUUUACAUCAAGAUCCCGGAGGUGCCGGUGAAGGUGAGCUACAAGGGCAAUAAGGAGAAAAACUUUGAGGACAUCACGGACCUGGCGCUGCUGAUACCGACGCUCGAGUAUCACAACGUGACGUGGACGUGGCUCGAUUUGCUGCUCGCGAUGAAGUCGGACAGUCGGCGUGUGCUGCUAUCGCAGGCAAUAAAACAAAAGUUGAAACUGAAAAAAGCACUCGUUGACGAGCAACCAUCGCCGCAGGAAGAGGACAAGGCCAAGAUGCUGUUCGGCAAUCGACAUGCGCGUGCUCGGAAUAAGCCGGAAAACAAAAGCCUUCGGAAAGGUGUAUUUAAGUUCUCCAAGUCUUAAGGACGGCAUCACACAUCACCGGCUGCGACUGGCUGACGAUGGGGAACGCGUAAAAAGGGUUUAAAUUAAGCAAAAAAGAAAGCCCCAGGCGCUUCCAGAAUGGAAUAAUUUCAGGGUAUUUCUUUUAGCGGUUAGACAGCGAGAGAGCGAGAGAUCGUGAAGUGAUUCUCUAAUAUCAUGUAAUCCCAUUUUUACAACUACAGUUCAGAAAUAGGUUUUAGCUGGAAGAAUGCAAUCCUCUAAAGCAAUCCCGUUUUUGCCCGUUUAAUCAACUCUUCUGCGCAUUCUCUUACCUAUAUGAAAUAGUUUUAAAACAGUAUCCAAAGGGUUUUGCUUCGGUUAUUGGGAGCGAGGUAGAAAGGAUAGAUUUUCUGUUCCUAAAAACUUCCCAAAAGCAGCGUGUAGAGUAUGACCGACCGUUCAUGAUGGUAUGACCAAAAACAAAACAGGCGUGAGUGAGGAUGGAAAUAGGGCAAACUAUUUUUGCUUAUCCAGUUAGCGUUUAAAGAGAUUUAUUUACAUUGCAAUGAUAAUGUAAGACACACGUGUGCAAUUUUGGGGCUAUAUACUGUCCCGACUGUCGCAUUUUUCGCUUCCUCCCCCCCCCCCCCCCAUCCUUACUUCCUACGUAUUUAUAUGUUUGUAUUGUGUCUGUGUGUGUGGUUGUGUGUUUCCAGAGAUUAGGUUUUAAGAGUGAAAGAGAUUCCAUGAGUUUCAGUCUAUAGAGUCAGCAAUUUCUGUAUUAUUUAUGCAAAGAGUAUUUUUCUUAAGGAGUGUAUUGUGUUUUUUACGCUUUGGUUUUGUGUUUGUUUUUUUUUACCUCAUGUCAGAAAGAUUAUCUACUACAAAUAAUGUGCUUCUGAGGGUUCUGUGUUGAAACCAUAUCGUGCUUUGUUACCGUUUGGGUAUAUCGAGUGGAGUUAGAAGCAGUUGGAAGUGCAUACGAAUUGGAAAGCAUACAAUCAAAGUGAGAUUGGAGCGGUGGUUAUUAUAGGAAAGGUUAGCUUUAGAAACGGUUAUUUUGUGCAGGCAAUAUGUUAGCCGGUUUUGAGCGAAACAUCACAGCAAAGGUCGAGGUCCACUGGUGUGUAUGCUGACUGUUUUUGACUGUUGUUAGGGCGUUAAAAAGGUACUAAAAUUUACCAUAUACCAAAA